AUGCAGAAGGUCAUUCAAAGGGCGGCUUCGGCCAGGAAGCAGGCCCAAAAGAAGAUGUUCCGGGCCAAGCAAAAGGAGGAGAUGACGGGCCGGAAGGACAGUGCGCGAUCGCGAAAGGAAUACAACUGGGCUUUGAGCACUACUCUCAAGGAGGCUCGGAAGGCUCGCUGGGAGGAUUGGCAGAAGGGCGACCUGGCUCCCAAGCGCGACAGUGGGUUGGCAGCUACGACCUAUGGAGCGCUUGAUGCUGCUCUUAUGCAUCCUCCGCGAAUCCCACACCACCUCCGCAGGAAGCACAUCUUGUUCGCACCUGGUGAUCGAGUCUGUGUGAUUCGUGGUCGUGACAAGGGCAAGAUUGAGGAAGUUGCUCAAGUCAAUGAAGAAAGCGAGACUCUGCUGAUCAAGAACGUCAACGAGGCCGACAUCAAUGUUCCAGAAUGGGCGAAAGCCUCAAUGGGUAUCAAGAGCGACGUACUUCCCCAGAGCAUGCCGGUACCGAUGGACGACGUUCGAUUGGUCUUCGCCAUGACCGAUGGCAACACCACGAAGGAUUACAUUGUACAACACGCCUAUGCCGGACGGCCUUACCUCGAACGACCGUCUUGGAGCAAGAUGCCCAAAUACUCUCGAUAUGUGGCUGGGCUGAAUAUCCAGAUUCCUUGGCCUACUGAGGAACAGCCUCAGUUCGAGGACGGGGCAUUCGACACUACACGAAUGGAAGUCGAAGAAAGUACCUGGGUGCCCUCGCUGGAUAACCCCCCCUUCCCCUCUACUAUCAUUGACGAAUUGCGAAACAAGUACUCCCGUUUCCGAACGCGCCACGACGAAGAAUACGUGCGGGAGAAGGUGCUGGAUGAAUACCGCCAGGAGUUCCUUGCCAGCCAGGCCCUUUUGACCCCAGCCGGCGAGUUGAAGAAGUGGAAGGUUGAGCAAAAGAUUCAAGCCAGAAAGGCGCGAACAGAUGAGAACGGCAACAUGAUCAUGGAUUCGGAGACGACCAACUUUAUUGAGCGCUUCAUGAGCCAAAGUGCGAGCUCCAAGUCGAGCCCGAAAGUGGUCAAAGCCAAAGAGACCGCUUAA